UCUGUAGAAUGAGCACUGAGAGGGGGGGUGUCUCCUCAUAUUGGCUGCAUUUGUACCAAAGAUUUUUCCUCUGGGAAGUCAGAGCCUCCUCUGUGACUGACGAGUGUUGGAGCAGUUUGUGUUCAGAAUCAGACACCAACAUUUACUAUCACCAGAUCUCUACUGUGCAGAGGACACACUGUCGAUCGCGGACCCAGGAUGCAUUUCUCCAUUAUCUUUGAAAUGUCUGUUAUGUGUGUAACCGUGCUGCUUUUCCUUCCUGUACAAGGGCAACUUCAGAAUGCCACGCAGAAAACCCCGAUGUUAAUGCCAGUCGCUCCCUCCUGCUGUGUGAAAGUCUCAAUGGCCCACAUUGAGGAAACUGUCUGUAAAUGCUUUGAACAGAAGGAGGACAGAUUUGGUAAUUGUAAAGUACACGCAUACAUUUUUAUCACUGAGAGUGACAAACAGUUUUGUGUGGACCCAACUGCCAGCUGGCUCCCUGAAAGACUCCGGAAGUUAGAGAAAAAAGGAAUAAUUUGCAAAAUCCUGUGAAAGUCCUUCAACAGCCAAGAUGACGAUGAUGCCUCAUGACAUCCUCUGCAGAAAUCUUUACACUGACACUGUUUUCUUUUCAUUCUUUCUUUCUAAUAAUUUAAAUCAAAUUAUCAAUUUUCUCUGUUUGUGCACAUUUAAAGAUGUUAGUAAUGUCUUUGUAAGAAUCUGUAUUGUCUUCUAACCUAAUAAAGAUAGUUUUGAACAUUGUUGUCUUGGUGCCGUUGGUGCAUGAUAUACUGUAUUUACAGUUUGUAUCAGAGGACAUGGAGCCUUGAAAAUCUGCAAAGAAAAAUACUUCCAGUUUUUGAGUGACAUCUGAGCGUUGAGAGACAGCCAAUUCAAUAAACUACCACGUUGCAUCCUUUUCACAAUGUCCAUAUUUGCUUUUUAUUAGCAGCGUGGCUCUAGAGAUGGCAAUGUCGGUCAGGCCACCAUUUUGGUCCAGACAGCAAUAUCUCAACAACUAUGGGAUGGACUGCCAUGAAAUGUUGUACAUACAUUUAAGAUCCCCAGGAGAGGACG